ACCUGCAGCUGCUACACUUCAUUCCGCGUACUUAGUGGGUGUUACAGACGGGAUUACAACGAUAUAAAUCAAAUUCCACUUUUUCAAAGAGGAUCAUACAUAUUUGUCUAGCUUGUGAUAUAAACAUUCUUGUUAUAUUUUGGGCGAAAAGAAGCUAAAGCUAACACGCUCCUGUGAGAGUGGCAUAAGUGUGGGAGUGCAGACUCUAGACCUCCACCGUCCCCGGGCUGAGCUCCGUUGGCAGACCGGUUAGAGCAGCGCGAUGGCGGCUGAAGUAGAACAGUGGAGCUCCGCUGCUGUUAAGGCCGAUGGUGUGUUGCAGCUGGAGGAAGAAGAGAAUGAUGAUGGUGUGUAUGAUGAUGAAGAGCUGAAUGAAGGAGAGGUUAAUGGUAAUUGGACCCCUCAGGAGAAAGCCCUGCAUGAAGCUCGACUGAAGGCUAAAGCAAAACGGAGGUUGAGGAAGUCCUCAUCCCGUGACUCUGCCCGCGAGAGUCUGUCUGAGGCUGUUGCUGGGGAAACUGGGGCAGACCCCCACAGCCCCAAAGGGAAAGCCCUCCAAAACCACGACCGAAAGUCACGCACUGGCAAGGGCCGUGGACUGCCCAAAAAAGGUGGAGCAGGGGGUAAAGGUGUGUGGGGAGCUGCAGGGAUGGUGUAUGAGAUGGAGGAGCCAGAUGCCAAAGAUCCAAACUACGACGAGUCUGCUCAGGGAGAUACAGUGUAUGCCACAGUUGUCCCUGAACUAGAGGAGGGUGAGCUGGAGAAGACAGUUAACCCGAUAGUACAGGAGUACUUUGAACAUGGAGACACCAGAGAGGUGGAGAUGCUAUUGAAGGAAUUGAAUCUGGGUCCCCAUAAGUAUGAGUUUUCCUCUCUGGCGGUGUCUUUGUCUCUGGAGGGUAAAGCAAGUCACCGUGAGCUGACAUCCCGCCUGCUAUCGGACCUGGUGGGGAAGGUGUUGUCUGAGAGCGACGUCGCCCGAGCUUUUGACAAAAUGCUCAAAGAGCUUCCAGACCUCAUCCUGGACACACCUGAGGCUCCGCAGAUGCUUGGCCAGUUUAUUGCGCGAGCCAUCGCGGACCAUGCUUUACCAAUGAACUUCCUCAACCGUUAUAAAGGCAAAGUGGACUGUGACCAUGCCAGAGCUGCUCUGGAUCGGGCAUCCGUGCUGCUGUCAAUGAAGAGAGAGAUGGUGCGGUUGGAUAAUGUGUGGGGAGUGGGUGGCGGCCAGAGACCCGUCAAACAUCUCAUCAAAGAGAUGAACCUGUUGCUGAAGGAAUACCUGGUCUCAGGUGAGCUGUUGGAGGCAGAGCAUUGCCUGAGGGACCUCGAGGUGCCUCACUUCCACCAUGAGCUUGUCUAUGAGGCAAUAGUUAUGGUGUUGGAGUCUAAUGGAGAGACAGCAAUUCAGCUGAUGGUGAAGCUUCUGCAGGCAUUCUGGAAAUCAGGCCUCAUCACAUUGGACCAGAUGAACAGGGGAUUCCAGCGUGUGUAUGACGAGCUGCCAGAGAUUAAUCUGGACGUUCCUCGCGCUCACUCCAUCAUGGAGGCAUUUGUGGAUUUAUGCUUUCAGGAGUCUGUUAUUACCAAACAGCUCAGAGACGCCUGUCCUGCCAGGGGGCGAAAGCGCUUUGUGAGUGAGGGUGAUGGAGGAGUUAUUAAAAGCUAAAUGGACAGCAGGAGCUGGCCAGGUCCCCCGCCAUUAUCACCAGCACAGACACACUCGGCACUCUGGUCUGCGGAGGAAACUGCUCCUCUGGUUUUCUUUUAGGUUUUCUUUACAUUUAAGCUGGAAGUUCCUUUUGGAGGAGCGCGAUGAUGAGGUGCUGCUGGUAGUCAGGUUUAUGAUUGUGAGCGGGGUUUAAUUUGCUUUGCAACAAUGACCAUGCUUUAUUUUUGUGUGUUUCUUUUCAGUUUGCAUGUAUAAUGCAUAUAUGAAGCUCUUAAAGUGUUUAAAAAAUGGAAAAAGUUUGACAUACAGCGCUUAUACACUAAAUGCCUGAGCUCAGAUACCACUUGUUGAAGAUUCUGGGAUUGUUUCUGUAUCCUGAGCUCCACAGUUUCUGGACCAGUCCAUUUUCACAAAGCUUUAUUCACUUUCGC